CACAGCCUCCAGCAUGCUCGGCUCAGGCUGCAGCAGUGGCUGCUCGCCAGUGUCUCAGCCAUGACACACACGGGACAUGCCCUCCCGUAACCCGCUCACAGAUGAUCUCCGUCGCCCCGCAGCAUGGACCAGAGGCAGAUCCUGCAGAAGUUCCUGGAUGGGGCCCAAAACAAGAAAACGAGCAGAGAGGAGUUUGCGAGUGAAUUUCUGAAGCUGAAAAGACUCUCCACCAAGUACAAGACAGACAGAACCUAUCCCACGACUGUGGCGGAGAGGCCCAAGAACAUCAAGAAAAACCGAUACAAGGAUAUCUUGCCCUAUGAUCAUAGCCGAGUAGAGCUGUCCUUACUAACCUCUGACGAGGAUUCCAGUUACAUCAAUGCCAACUUCGUUAAGGGAGUUUAUGGACCCCGGGCUUACAUUGCCACCCAGGGACCCUUGCCUACAACUGUCCUGGACUUCUGGAGGAUGAUUUGGGAAUACAGUGUCCUGAUCAUUGUCAUGGCGUGCAUGGAGUUCGAGAUGGGGAAGAAAAAGUGCGAGCGCUACUGGGCUGAGCUGGGAGAGACACAGCUGCAGCUGGGCCCGUUCUCCGUCUCCUGCGAAGCUGAAAGUAGAAAAUCUCAUUACAUAAUCAGGACUCUAAAAGUCAAGUUCAACAGUGAAACUCGAACUAUCUACCAGCUCCACUACAGGAACUGGCCGGAUCACGAUGUGCCUUCGUCUAUAGAUCCCAUCCUUGAGCUCAUCUGGGAUGUGCGCUGCUUCCAGGAGGAUGACAGUGCGCCCAUAUGCAUUCACUGCAGUGCCGGCUGUGGAAGGACCGGGGUCAUCUGUGCUAUCGAUUAUACGUGGAUGUUGCUAAAGGACGGGAUACUUCCCGAGAACUUCAGUAUUUUUAAUUUGAUCCAGGAGAUGCGAACACAGAGGCCUUCGUUUGUUCAAACUCAGGAACAGUACGAGCUGGUCUACAAAGCUGUAUUAGAACUGUUUAAGAGACAGAUGGAUGUCAUCAGAGAUAGACACUCUGGAACAGAGAUUCAAGCAACGUAUUCAGUUCCUGAGCAAAAUUCCAGUCUAGAAGCAGGCGUUUAUUCUCUCAACUUACCAACAAGCGGCACACUAGAAGCAGAAGUGACAAACCAACAUACAAGGGGGGGAAAUGCAGAAGCUUCUUCCUUUGACCUUCGGACUUCUGAAAUAAGAGAAAAGAAAGAGUUAGCUGUGCAGCCUGCUGCACAGAACAGUUCUUUCGAGUUUCUGGAGCUCAACUGUGGUUGUAACAAAAAUGCUGACCCCACCACGAAGCGGGAGACGAAGGCGGUCGCCAUAGCUGGGGAGCCUCUUCAGAAGCACCAGAGUCUGGACUUGAGCUCCGUUUUGUUUGGAGCGUGUCCUAGUUCCAAACCUGUCCACGCAGCAGAAAGAUACUUCAAUUCGAAGGGGCCCAUAACCCGGACCAAGUCAACGCCCUUCGAAUUGAUACAACGGAGAGACACCAAGGAACUGGGCAUCGAGGAAAAUUUUUCUUAUUUGGAACCUCAACUGAACAGCCCUCGCCUUGAGGAGGCUCGCAGAACGAUGCCCGUUGCCUCGGGAGAGCUGAAUUCCUCACUGUGGUGUGACGCCGAGCGCCCAGGGCGUCACGCCCCUGACGCAAACACGCACGACUCGAGUGCUCUCACCGCGCAUUCUCACCUGUCUUUAGAGGAUGACCCUUAUUUCCUGUCACUGUCUCCAAGUAGUACUGGUUCCAGGAUGUCUCUUGAUUUACCUGAGAAACACGAUAGGACUGUGUCGCCUUGCUCUCUGUUGCCAACCUCCCCUGCCACCCUAUUUCGUUAUUACGAGUGCCACGAUUCUGUCGCACUGAAUCCUCCAAACAAUUUCCCCCCCACACUGAGCCAAGAGACAGUGGCAGUCGCGACUUCCCCGAGAAUCGACGAUGAAGUGCCCCCUCCACUUCCAGAACGCACCCCUGAGUCUUUCAUUGUGGAGGAGGAAGCUGGAGAAGUCCCACUGAGUGUUCCCAAGUCUGUGUCUUCAGCUGUGAUGACAGACGUCAGAAGACCACCAGAGUGGGGUGGGACACCUGAACCCAACAAACCCGAUGACUCUGUGAGACUUAGGCCAAGCAAGAGUGUAAAACUCCAGCGUCCCAACUCAGAUCUGCAAGAAGACCGCUCUUCUCCCCCACCUCCACUCCCAGAGCGAACCCCAGAGUCCUUCUUACUUGCUGAUGAAGACUGUAUGCAGGCUCAACCCAUGGAAAUUUAUUCUGCUAGCUGUCCUAACGCCAUGGAAAACUCAACAUCUUCAAAACAGACACUGAAGACCCCUGGGAAAAGUUUCACAAGGAGUAAGAGUUUGAAAAUUUUGCGGAACGUGAAAAAGAAUCUCUGUAAUUCUUCCCCACAAAACAAGCCUGCAGAGUCUGUUCAGUCAAAUAACUCCAGCUUCUUACGGAAUUUUGGUUUUGCAAAUCGUUUUUCAAAACCCAAAGGACCAAGGAACCCACCACCAAGUUGGAACAUUUAACACAACUUUGGACUGUAGUCUGCAAGUGCACCUGCAAAGAAAUAUGACCAGAAUAUGGCCAGCUACAAUCAGUACUCUAUGUUCAUAAUGUCAGCAGUGCACACAGGCUAAUGCAGUUACAGCUCUGAAAAGAAAAGCAAUACACGAAUAAGUGCAGAGGUUUUCCAUUUAUUCUUAUUUAUAUCAGGUUGGAAACAGCAGAAAACGAGUUUGACACUUGAGCUUAUGUAGAGAACGCUGCAGGAGAAACAGUUUGGGCAUGGACUUUUCACUUUUGGAAGUUAUUUUUAUUUGACUUUUACAUAAAUAUAAACUUUAAAAGAUUUGUAAGAAUUGGAUCUCAAUUACAUGUCUACAUUGCCAGAAUUUACUGUAAAAAUUUUUAAAAAUCUCACCUUGUGGUUGCAGUACAAAAUUACUGUGACAGGGAAUUCCCUGGGAAUUAUUGUGACAAUUCCCUGGGAGUUAUUUUUGCCUAAAUAGAGUUUACCUUGUACAUUCCCAAGUGUUGUGGGAAAUCGGAAUUGUAAGAAAAGAAGUUAUAUUUAAGAAAAUAA